GUUUUCUCUCUGAGCUCAGUCCUCUGAGUUAUUCCCAGGAAGGAAGGGCAUGGACUCACGUCUGACAGGACUGCAGUACAUCUGAGCCACAGGGCUGCUCUUGUGUACCUCAGGGAAUAAGGUGAAGAUGGAGGAUUUCUGGGCAUUGGCCCUUUGGGCCCUGACGAUUUGGCUGUACCUCGUCAUCAGCCUCAUCAUGAUCCCAGCCAUGUUUGGCUUCUCACUGGGCAUCUCUGAGACCUACAUGACCAUCCUGGUGAAAACCUUGGAGUGGGCCACUCUGAAGAUACAGAAGGUAUACGCAGAUGAACGAACACUCACAGCCUCUGCAUCUAAUGGUCUCAUCCAGAGGGAGGAUGGCUCUAUGGAGAAAGAGUUAGAGGAACUCAGACGCAGUCGCCCCAAACCACCAGUGGGCGGUGAUUUUACGCUUAGUGACUCUUUCUACUUCACCCGGAAAGGAAUUGAGAGCAUUGUAGACGAUGAGGUUACCCAGCGGUUCUCGUCAGAGGAGCUGGUGUCGUGGAACUUACUGACUCGCACCAACAACGAUUUCCAGUACAUCAGUCUGAAGCUGACGCUCGUCCAUGGCAUUGGCAUCUUUGUGAGAUACUGCAUCCUCGCCCCGCUCAGGAUAACUCUGGCUUGCAUCGGCCUCACCUGGUUGGUCAUAGGAACAUCCGCCGUUGGAUUACUUCCAAAUUGGAGGAUGAAGUUUUGGCUCAGUGAAUGGGUCCAUGUGAUGUGCUACAGGAUCUGUGCUCGAGGACUCUCUGCCACCAUCCGCUAUCACAACAGGGAAAAUAAACCCCAAAAAGGAGGAAUCUGUGUCGCCAAUCACACCAGUCCUAUCGACAUUGUGAUUCUCUGCAAUGAUGGGUGUUAUGCUAUGGUGGGGCAGGUACACGGAGGUUUGAUGGGAGUCGUCCAGAGAGCCAUGGUGAGGUCGUGUCCUCAUGUCUGGUUUGAGAGAGCAGAGAUGAAAGAUCGCCACCUAGUGACCAAAAGGUUGAGGGAUCAUGUGAAUGACAAGACAAAGCUUCCCAUAUUGAUAUUUCCAGAGGGAACCUGUGUCAACAACACAUCUGUCAUGAUGUUUAAAAAGGGAAGUUUUGAAAUUGGAGCGACGAUAUAUCCAGUAGCCAUUAAGUAUGACCCAAAGUUCGGAGAUGCUUUCUGGAACAGCUCCAAGUACAGCAUGGUCAAUUACCUGCUGAGGAUGAUGACCAGCUGGGCCCUCGUCUGUAACGUCUGGUACCUGCCAGCUAUGCACCAACAGGAGGGGGAAGAUGCUGUCCAGUUUGCCAACAGAGUGAAGUCAGCCAUUGCUCGACAGGGAGGGCUGCUGGAUCUACAGUGGGAUGGAGGCCUGAAGAGAGCAAAGGUGAAGGAGUCUUUUAAAGAGGAGCAGCAGAAGCAGUACAGCAGCAUGGUGGUGGGAGACGACAGCAGCAGCAACAGUGACUGAGAUUACCCGACCGGUAUGCUGUACAAAUCCCAGCCCUGUGGAGUUUAUACACUGGAAACAGGCCUCGCUCCUCUUGUAUGCUCUCAUUAGCUGGACCUGAUAGGGAAUACUGCCAAGUGGACUUUUUAAAACACACUGUGAAACCUCAGGUACAUCUAACAGGAGGAGAGUCUCCGACAACGGAAGUGCAAUGUUGAACUUUAUGAGGAGCAGAUUUUUUAAAAGGGAAAACUCUGUUUUUACUGCUGCUAAAGAAACUGUAGCUACUGUUGUGAUUGAAUGUUAAUGCUGAGGAAAUGCUCUGAAUGAAACGUGUGAAGAUAAGCCACUGGUCCGAAAAACUGGAUUCAUGAACAUCACAGUCAGUCGACAUUUUCAUGUGAUGUUCAUUGUUUUUAAGCUCAAUUUUAGUUUACAAUUUCAGUGCUCAUUGUGUGAUUACACAGUGGCAAAAACAACCUGGAGGUAUUUUGUGGUUGUGCUGUUUUAUAACAUAACAUGACAUAUUUUUUAAUACAACAAAUGCACAGAGAUAAUUGCCGAGACAACUGUGAUAUAAGCAUUUAAAUACUGGUUUGAUACUGUGCAGAAUUAUACUGCAAUGUAAUUAACACUGGUAAGCACCUAUUUAACAGUUUUCAUUUAAAAGACCUGUUUGAGCAAACGUUGUUUUUUUAAUUUAACACUGAUAGACAUGAUACACUGAGUUAGUUCUUGCACAGUGUUUUUGGUAACCUUUGACCUCUCACUCUUUUCUCACAGUACUGCAAGGGUAAACAACAGGCACAAGGGUUUGGCACUUAAAUAACACAUAAUAAUGUUGUGAAAGAAAGUUCGUUGAAUGUCCACAUGAGAUGUGACGGGUUUAAAGGAGAACACACAGCCGAGACUUUUUGGAUCUCCCUCCACUGGGUAGCUUUCCUGAAGUGUGAUCCUCACUGCUCUCGUUUGUCUGUGGGUUCCCCUCUUUGGCUCCUAAAAGCAAAUUAAAGGCGGAUUUUUUUAACAGUU